GAGCACAACCGUCCAUUUCUCGCUUUUUUACCUCGGGAAAAUCGUCUACAAGCGCAUCGGGCAAGCGUGCGCGUUCUCCAGUCGAUCUAACAUUAGACUCCGAUGAAGAGCCUGCAGCGAAGCGCGUCAAGACACUGAGCCAAGCGACCUCUUCUGUCAACUCAGAACGCGAUGGAUCGAAACCUGAAUCCCCCCUGAAGAAGAAAUAUAAAUUUGUGGUGAUGGACGACUCAUCGCCGCCUGUUCCUGAUGCAGAGACAAGAGAGAAACAAGCAGAACGCCGAAGAAUCUGGAAGGAAACGUUGAAGCAGACCAAUAGAGAUAGCUCUCCAAUCACAGAUAAUACCGACGAUGUCCUGGACUUGACAGGCGAGAAUGGAGACGAAGAGGAACAAGAGGAGCCAGUUUCCCAACUGCAAGCACGCUUCGCAUUGAAAAUGUCUGUUGCCAAGUCUGGCUCGGCGUCAAAAAGUAAAAAGAAAAAGGAAGAGGUUGGCCCGUCUGGUCAGCCAUAUACACCACUUGAGCUACAG